UGCUCAGACUCCAACUGACAACAAUGGUGAAGAAAAAGGACUACUUGAAAGAAUAUGAAGCUGCCGAUGCCAGCAAGAACGACAUCUCUCGCAGUGAUUUCCCUCCAAACUUCGUCUUUGGCGUGGCCACUUCUGCCUAUCAGGUUGAAGGAGCCUGUAAGGAGGGUGGUAGGGGCCCUAGUAUUUGGGAUGCUUUUUCACACACUGAGGGCAAGAUUGUUGACAAAAGCAACGGUGAUUCUGCAGUGGAUCAAUAUCAUAGAUACAAGGAAGACGUUGAGCUUAUAGCCAAGUUGGGGUUUGAUGCUUAUCGCUUUUCCAUAUCAUGGUCGCGUAUUUUCCCUGAUGGUUUGGGAACCAAAGUUAAUGAUGAAGGGAUUGCUUACUAUAACAAUGUCAUUAAUGCUCUUCUUGAGAAGGGUAUCCAGCCUUGCGUAACUUUGUACCAUUGGGAUCUUCCUUUGCAUCUUCAUGAGACAAUGGGAGGGUGGUUGAAUAAACAAAUUGUAAAAUACUUUGCAAUCUAUGCAGAAACUUGCUUCGCCAGUUUUGGUGAUAGGGUAAAGACCUGGAUUACAAUUAAUGAGCCCCUUCAAACUUCUGUUAACGGAUAUGAUGCUGGGAUAUUUGCUCCAGGAAGACGAGAGCAUUCUUUAACAGAACCAUAUUUGGUUUCACACCACCAGAUCUUGGCCCAUGCAGCAGCUGUUUCGAUAUACCGAAACAAGUAUAAGGACAAGCAAGGGGGACAAAUAGGGUUGGUGCUAGAUUGUGAAUGGGCAGAGGCUAAUUCGGAUAAAAUGGAAGAUAACUCUGCUGCAGCAAGACGUCUUGAUUUUCAGUUUGGAUGGUUUUUGCAUCCAAUAUGCUAUGGGGAAUAUCCUAACGUGAUGCAUGAAAGACUUGGAGAGCGGCUUCCUAAAUUUUCAGAGGAAGAUAAGGAGUUGAUUAGGAACUCAAUUGAUUUUGUUGGUCUGAAUCAUUAUACAUCAAGGUUUAUUGCUUAUGUAAAAGAUAGUCCCGAUGAAGGUGAUUACUAUAAAGCACAAGAGAUGCAGAGACUCGCUGAAUGGGAAGAGGGUGAAGCAAUUGGUCCGAGGGCUGCAUCAGAAUGGCUUUAUGUGGUUCCUUGGGGCAUCCGGAAGGUUCUCAAUUACAUAGCACAGAAAUACAAUAAUGUCCCAAUAUAUGUUACUGAGAAUGGAAUGGAUGACAAUGACGAUGGCACUUCCCCACUUGAUGAGAUGCUAGAUGACAAACUGAGAAUUUUUUACUACAAGACAUACCUUGAGGCAGUUGCUCAGGCAAUCAAAGAUGGAGUUGACGUGAGGGGAUAUUUUGCAUGGUCAUUACUGGACAACUUUGAGUGGGCUCAAGGUUAUACCAAACGUUUUGGUUUAGUUUAUGUGGAUUACAAGAAUGGGCUCUCUCGGCACCCAAAAUCUUCUGCUUAUUGGUUCCUAAGGUUCUUGAAAGGUGGGGAAGGAAAUCAUGUCAAGGAAGACUAAUUGACUUGUAUUCAGCUUCCCAAUCUGUAUCUGCUGGGUUAUGUAAUGAGUCAAACCAAAAAUAAAGAUCCUCAGGCAGGCAUGUGUAACAGCCAUUUACCAUAUAGCCAUACUUAUUCUAGCUUUAGUUAAUUGUGCUGGUGUACUCUCUUAUCCUAUCCAGAACAUAAACGAAAAAAUGUCUUUUAAUUUUUCUUUUUGUGACCUGACUUCCUUUGUUAAUACUGUAAUUGUUUUACUA